AUGUCGCGUCGUCUCAUGACCCGCGUCGCACUGGUGUGCAGCACAAUCUUGUGUCUGCUCUUCCUGUCAUUACAGCCACGCGAGCCGCGCACGGUCGUUCGCUACCUGCCUCCUGACCCGCAUGAGGGGCUCCAGUACCAGCACUACGACAACAACGCGCAGCGGACACCACCUAUCUACCAUGCACCCAGCCCUGAUGCGUCGACAGGCGAGGUGAUUGUCAACCUCGAGUCUCGCAUCCCACACACGACCUACGAUGGCGGUCUCCCCGGUUACAACGUUUUCUCCAACAUGUACCUGUCUGGCGGUGCACUCGUGCCGGUGUCUGCAGACGACGAGGCCGCCGAAGACAUCCCCAAGGGUCGCUCGGUGCUGAGCGGGUCCCAGAGGCCUGGCAGUGUUCCCGGCGACGAACGUUGGGCUCCUAUCGUGGGCGACAAGCUCGCCCGUGCUCAGCUGGGCAAACGUGCAGUCCGCCUGCCUGGCGUCACAUACAUCUUCAACGAUCCUCCAGGAAAGGCCGGAUAUCUCGCCUUCUACGAACACUUCCUCGCCGAGGUCUUCGUACCGGCGAUUCGCGCCGUUGCGCAUGCUGGUGAAAAGUCGGGUCGUCCCCAGAGCGCGAUCCCUUCGCGCCUCAUGUUCCCGCGUUGUGAUGCCAGGGUUGGGUGGAGGGACGAUUUGGGAAAGAACGUUUGGUUCCUCCAGCAUGUCCUGCCUGGCGUCGACAUUGAGGAAAAGGACAGCUGGGAGGACCGCGCCGGGUCCGACAUGCCCUACCUCUUGGAGAAGGUUGUCGUUGUUGAUCGCGGUUCGGCCCACACCGCACAGGGCGACACGACAACCUGGGGCAAGAUGAACAUGAUCGUCCCCACCAUGAACGCUCCCAGCACGUUCUUUGAGCCAUUCCGCCAGAACAUGAUCGCAUCCGUUGGCAAUGCCAUGCCUCACAUCGGCAAGUAUCACCUCCCCAUCGUCGUCUACAUUCAGAGGGAAUAUCUGCCUCGGAUUGCCGCCAAGUCGCACGAGGCGAUCGUCGAGGGCCUCAAGAAGCUCACUUCCAAGGCCGAGGUCCACGUUGCGCAGAUGCGUGCCAUGACGCGUCCGCAGAAGAUCGCCAUGCUCGCCAAUGCCGACAUUGUCAUCUCCUUGACCAGUGAGGAGCUUUACGAGACGGCGUGGAUGCCUCCUGCGUCCACUGUGAUCGAGAUCUUUGAGGAAGGAGGCUUCCACCGCGACUAUGAGGUGUUCGUGUCCAUCCUUGGGCACAACCACAUCACCGUCCAGAACGACAAGGUGCUCUCCGAGGCGGAGUGGCGCAAGCACGGUCGUCAGCGUGGACCGCAGAAGGACGCCGAGGUUGACGUUGACGCGGAUCUCAUCAGGCCAGACAGAGGAUGGUGUGAGCAAGAGGGCGCAAGAGGUGCGUCAGAGCCAUACGCCAGCUUGGCGGGCGAUCGGCCCAACCCAAUGACUAUUCGGGCCACCCACAUUACAAUUGCUUCCGAAAAGCCACGUGAAUUCCAUGCGGGGUUUGAUCUCGCGCCACACCUGGACGAAAUUUCGGCGUUUCCCCGGCGAUCCCGCGAAACUUGGCUGGGUGUGAGCCUGGGGGGACGCUGCCCGCCUGCUGCCGAGUCGUUGGCCCAAGUCGCUUUGCAGAACUCAACCCUCAAGCGGUCCACAAAUCUCGACAAAAUGGUGAACAUCCCCAAGACUCGCCGCACCUACUGCAAGGGCAAGGCCUGCAAGAAGCACACCCCCCACAAGGUGACCCAGUACAAGAAGGGCAAGGACUCGCUCGCCGCCCAGGGCAAGCGCCGUUACGACCGCAAGCAGAGCGGUUACGGUGGUCAGACCAAGCCCGUCUUCCACAAGAAGGCCAAGACCACCAAGAAGGUCGUCCUCCGCCUCGAGUGCACCUCGUGCAAGUCGAAGCACCAGAUCUCGCUCAAGCGCUGCAAGCACUUCGAGCUCGGCGGCGACAAGAAGCAGCGCGGCGCCGCCAUCUCUUUCUAA